AAGUUAUAUAUAUUUGUAGCCUUGCUCUCAAGUCUCAAGUACCUUUAUUGAAACAGCAGCGAUGCAAGAAGCCGAGUCAUCACGACGGUCGUCGAAGUCCCUUACGGAUCGGGUGAAGACGAACUGUUUAUCCAUGGUAGUCACGUGCCAAGAAGGAUUUAGCUAUGUCAAGGCCUUUUUUGUUGGCCAGACGAAGAAGCUGACGGCGAAGAACGAGAAGGAAGCUACGGAGGCUUAUCUAACGGAGACAAAGAUGCAAGUUGACGCAACCGAUGAAGCAGAGAAUGCCAAGAAGAGACUUCAUCAAUCUUCUUAAUGAUUAUUUUUAAUUAUAUAAUAAGGGAGUGAGUGUAUACUUUAUUAAGUAACUACAAAUAUCUGUUUUUUUUUUUUUUUUUAAUUCUGUUUUUACAACUAAUAUAAAUCUUAUUUCAAUGUUGU